ACUGGCAGGGCACUUCCAUAGACAAGAACAUUCUGGAUGCUUUGAUGCUAAACACUACCAAAAUCGGACAUGGAUUUGCUUUGAGCAAACAUCCCGCCCCCAGGCCUUACUUGCGGAAAAAGGACACCCCCAUAGAAGUCUGUCCCAUCUCUAACCAGGUUCUGAAACUGGUGUCUGAUUUGAGAAACCACCCUGCAGCUACUCUGAUGGCCAUUGGGCACCCCAUGGUGAUCAGCUCUGAUGACCCAGCGAUCUUUGGUGCCAAAGGCGUGUCCUACAAUUUCUAUGAGGACUUCAUGGGCACUGGGGGGAUGAAGGCUGACCUGAGGACCCUCAAACAGCUGGCCAUCAACUCUAUCAAGUACAGUAGCCUGUUGGAGAUUGAGAAAAAUACUUUCAUGGCAAUCUGGAAGAAGAGAUGUGAUAAGUUCAUAGUGGAUGUGGCACGGAGUGAGGAGAAACUAGCCAUCCUCCAUGAUCUGCCUUCCUGCACAUGCUGCCACCACCGUUCACCCAUUCUUGAAUCAGCUCCAUGUCCCCAUCAAAUCAAUGGCCUGGGUAUGGAGCAACCCUGUGAGAAGCACUUGGCUGGCUGA